ACCCAAUACAGAAGCAGCAGAAAGCACGGUGUUCAGUGUGCGAGAAGCAGAAGAUGCGGGUUGUGGUGGUGCUGCUGAUGGCAGUGGCAUUGGCGGUGGUGGGUGUCACCGUUGAAGCUCAUCCAAUGCAAGACACCACCCUUGAACUCAACGAAAUUGUCUGGCACCCAGAGAAGCCGCAGAUCUACAUUGGGAGCCCGACGCUGGUGCGGCUGUCAAAUGGCAACAUCCUGGCUGGCGCAGACCGCUUUGGCUCCGGCUUCACGGGACAACCGCGCAACGUGAGCGUGUUCUUGAGCGAGGACAACGGUACAAGCUGGAAUCAGGUCGCCUGGGUCACAAACCAGUACUGGUCCAACCUCUUCCAGGUCGACACACAAACCACGCCGCCGGCGCCAGUGUACUUGCUCGGCACCUCCAGCGAUGCCAACGGCGGCAUCAAGAUCUCCGCGUCCUUUGAUGGCGGGCGCACGUGGCCGUCCACGACCAUGCUGUUCAACGCCACAGAGAAAGGCUACUACGCCACGGGCGCCACACCAACGCUUCUGGCCAGCAACGGCCGCAUCUACCGCGCCAUCGAGCUCGACGUGCCGCCGUACGCGUGGGGCCGCGACUUUGCCGCUGUGGUCGUAUCUGCAGAUGCCAACGCUGACCUCCUCAACGCCUCCAGCUGGUCCAUCACGCCCCCUCUUCCUUUCAAUCGCUCCUGGGUUCCGCCUAGCUGGCCAACCCUGGACAAGCCAGGGUACUUGGAAGGGAACAUGGUUGAGGGCCCCGAUGGCACGCUUUACAACAUCCUCCGCUUCAAUGUGGAACCAAACGUCCUCGGCAACUACGCCGUUGCCCUUCGCUACAACCCGCACUCAAACACGCUCAAGUUUGAUCGGAUAUUUGAACUUCCCGGCGGCCACACCAAGUUCACCAUCCGCCGUGACGCGCGCACGGGCGUCUACCUUGCCCUCACCAACCCAAACACAAAUGUCAAGUACACAGACCAGCGCAAUGUUCUGGUGCUGUCGGCGUCCGAGGACCUGUUCAACUGGACCGUCGUCACCACCCUGCUGCAGGAUGACACUGGGUUUCCGGAAGAUGAUUCCGUGCGAUACACCGGCUUCCAUUAUGUGGACUGGCAGUUUGAUGGCACGGCCAGUGAUGACAUCAUUUACGUCAUUCGCACAGCAUACAGGGGAGCCGUGUCCUACCAUAACAGCAAUCGCAUGACAUUCAAGCGCAUUGUGGACUGGCGGACUGUCGUGUUUGCAGCUUCAGACAUCACUGUGUCCAACGCGCGCAUGCAGGCUUCGUUUUCCCGCGAUGUUCACACGUACACCGUUGACAUUCCCGCUGCAUCGACGACCAUUGGCGUGGCGGUGACGAGUGACUUCAGCAACAUCACAAUCAAUGGUCAGCCAGCAGAGAGCCGUCACCCCGUGCAGGUGGCAGGGGUGAAGAACGGGACCACCAUCGUGAUUCGUGUUGGAACAACCACGUACACACUCCACGCCGUUGUUCCCUCGUUGCCACAGCAGCCUGCUGCAGCCCACAUCACCGGAACGGAUUUCCGCAUUCGACCGUUUGUUGAGGGCGCCACAGCCUUUUCCGACCGGACAUAUGUGUGGAGAAAUGUUCCGUACGAGCUACAACACCUCAACUUUACGCAACUGCCAGGCGGCGCCAGUGAUGUGACCAUGAACGCACACGUGCGCAGUGGUGGUCUUGCAAUCAUCGCCACACACCUCAACAUCCAAUCCCUCCUCGUACAAGGAUGGGAGCGCCAGGCUAAAUGGGACUUUUACUACACAGAUUCCACCAAUUCAACAAUGCAGGUGGUCUCCAAACACAUGUCCGCCGGAGAGGACAUUACUGUGCCACAAGACGGCUGGGCAGGGCGCGUAUUGAUUUGCACCGAAGAUUGAAUACAUAAGUGCAAACGUCCACAGAUGCCCGCCAUCUGCUCAUAUCUCCUCGUCUGAAC